AUGGAGUAUUGUUUUACCUACCUUGCUCGCAGGUCGAAUCGAUCUUCGGUGUUGAUACUCAGUCAAGAACCCCUGAAGCCCCAAGAGACUUACAAAGCUGUGAACAUUGUGUUGUCUACUGAUCGUUGCGAUUUGAAAUCGUGUGUGAAUGACAACCGCAGCAAACUGAGAGGACUCAACCCAAGCUUCGGACUUUUAGCGAUCAUGGCUCUGGUUACCGUAUGUGGGUUGUUGCUUUGGGGGCACCUCCCAUCAGCUUUUUCGUUCCAGAGCGAAUUGCAGUCUAUUGCAGGCUUGUCAUCCCAACCGCCUAGCUCAACUGGGUUGCAAGACUUUUUCCAGCUCUAUCAGCCAAUAUCGCUCGAUUCCAGUGGAAACGGCAACUGCAAUAUCGAGAUGUUGCUUAUGGAUCAUGUAUUUGGAGUCAGCUAUGGUGUACCAUUUGUUGGCGACUAUGAGCCCCCAAACUGCGAUUUUGAUACUGUACGAAUCAAUCUCACUGUCACUUCUCGGGGAAAACAGUAUGACCGCCUGGCACUCAUGUACCUUGGAGACAAUGAAGUUUUCCGGACCUCAACGGCAGAGCCGACAGUCAAUGGGAUAGUCUGGACCUAUAUCAAAGAGAUGUCGCAGUACAACUCGCUAUGGAAAAGCCCCCAGAAGCUGAUAUUUGACCUGGGAAAUAUCAUUAACGAUGUGUACACCGGCUCGUUCAAUGCCACACUAACAGCGCACUUCUCUACGGGGCAGAAUGUCAAGACGGCGGAUAUGAUUCUUCCAAUCUCAGCCAAAAGAGCAGCUUCGAACUCUUCAAGCGCUUUCCAACUUCCCACAGACAACACGACAGUCAUGUAUGAGAUCCCUGCUGCGGCAUCGCGUGCUGUUAUCUCAAUAUCGGCAUGUGGACAAUCAGAAGAAGAGUUCUGGUGGUCCAAUGUUUUCUCUGAGGAUACCCAAGAUUUUGAAAGCACUAUAGGUGGGCUAUAUGGGUACACUCCCUUUCGUGAAGUCCAGCUCUAUAUCGACGGGAUCCUUGCCGGGCUUUUCUGGCCAUUCCCCAUUAUUUUCACCGGAGGUGUGGCUCCGGGAUUCUGGCGUCCUGUCGUUGGGAUCGAUGCAUUUGAUCUUCGACAGCCGGAGAUUGAUAUUUCCCCAUUUCUCGCCAUGAUUCAAGACGGGAAACAACAUUCGUUUGAGAUCCGGGUGACUGGUCUUGAUGUCUCCGCAAAUGGGAGUGCCACAUUUGCAAAUACUGUGGGCUCAUACUGGGUGGUAACAGGAAAUAUUUUUAUAUAUAUCGAUGACGACAGCUCAACCCCUAAAACCACUAGCACCCGUGGCGAUAAGGCGCCCACAGUGGAUGCUCCCUUGCCAGUGAUUUCUGUGACUCGGAACCUUGUUCACAACGAGACCGGAGGAAAUGAUUCCUUGUCGUACUCUGUGGCUGUCGAGCGAGUUUUCAGUGCAACAUCUUCUCUAUACUCGUGGUCUCAGACAUUAUCCUUCUCCAACCACGGUCUCCUCAAUCAGCAAGGAUACAGUCAAGUCAACAGACAACUCACAACAGGCAAUAACACUAUCACCGAGCUUGGAGAUACACCCAUUUCAAACAGCGUUGCAUUCCAAUACCCCUUGAUUGUUAAUGCGACUUACGGUAUCACCUCGAAUGGGAUGACGAUUGACUCUUGGAUGAAGAGAGGUCUCGAUUUUGAUGCAACAGGAGGGCUCGGUAUUUCCACUUAUACUUUGACCUCGGGGCCAUCAAAUCUACAUACAACUCAGUCUGGCAAGGCGAAAUAUAAAUCCAUCACUGGUGGAAAGUCAAGCUCUUGGGGCGACACCAACAAUAUGUUCGCCAGUCAGAUAAAUGGGCAAUCAUACCACCGAUUUGUCCAUGCAGUCAAUGGUACCGUUGUACAUGACACCGACCCUAAAGGCAAGACCUUGACUCCUUCUCCACAAAAUCAUGGGGAUACUGGGAGAGACAGUGUGAGGGCUAUAAUUGGAAAGGGACCUGGAUCUCUCGUAAAUUAG